AUGCCGCAUAUCGAUUUAUUCAGUCUCAAUCCUAUUGCUGAGACUUUCAAUACACAACCUCCCUUUGGCUGGAUUUUUGACGACCUUCCAGAUGCCGUUUUCCCAACGCUACCAAGUUUUAGUAAUGCACCUGCUCUUGCUUCUUCCCAACCACUCCAGAAUACUGAGAUGCAGCCAUUCCGAACAACAGAAGACGUUCCUGGUGGCCUUGGACUUGGAAAAUUGGCUACAACCCCAGCCCCAGGCAAGGAUACUACAUCUUCAGAAGACCUUUGGUCUGGCGAUUGCACUCCCUUUCAUUCGCAACGCUCAGUGCUGCCGGAUUUUGGUAGGGUUGAUGAAACCCCACCUGCAGCAACUCAUUGUGCGUCUGUGCAAAUUACACCCUCUAUGCGGAUGAAAAUCCUAGAAAGUGUCCAGGGUCCCCUCAACUGUGGUGCUUGGCCAAAGGCCGAGUGGAACCCUGGCUCUACCCAAGAAGAGUACUACAUUACAGCCCAACUCCUUCAAGGAACGCAUGGAUAUUGCAGCGGCAGUAAGCGUCUCCUCGAGACUGCCGAGUGUUGGCGUAGUGCACUAGUUAAUACUGCCAAAUCCACUGGGCUUUUUAACUACGAGCCAGCUCAACAUCUGCUAUCCGAAUGUAAAAGUGCUGAGGAGCGUUGGAAAGUUUGGAUAGGCCAAGAGAGGCGAAGGCGUCUAUCAUGGGCGGUUUACGAAUAUGACUCGUCUGUUUCAUACUUACACAACAUCCGACCAUACGUCACUGUUGGGGACAUGAUUCUCGACCUCCCAAGUUCACCUCCUCACUGGGAAGCAGAGACAGCUUACUCUUGGGCGGCUUUACACCCAUGGGGUCCCGGCCCUAAAUACAGCGCGUUUCGAUCAACCAUCAGACACUUCUUCGACGGUACGGCUGAUCCACUUUCCAGACUCGAUGAAGAUAACCAGCGGUUACCGAUCAUGCUAACUUUGAUCCGCAUGCUUUGGACCGUUAAGGAAAUCCGGCGGUCGCCCAUUUGUGAUCUCAUCGACAACUCUCACUGGGUGAACGAUGCUAGGUCUCUUUUGAAAGGGAUUAACAUGUUCCAGGAAUCUAUUGUAUCACUCACGGCGUCCGCUAAAUGCACUGUAGACCAGAUUUUGCAGGCAGUACGCAGAGCUCAGAUGGUCCACCUUGCGCACUUGUACGGUGCAGGAGAUUUGCUGGAUUUAGUGUAUGUCAUGAUACGCCAGUCACCAGCCAGAGACACAGCCCAGGAGCGACUGCGGCAAUGGGCAAAGCAUGAUGCUCGAAGGGUCCGCCACGUUGCAUUCCAUGCUGCACAAAUCCUUGCCCUUGUGAGACACUGGCCAGGAAAUGCACCACUUGAGUCUUUUAAUGUGUUUCAUGCUGGUGUUGUCCUAUGUUGUAUGUGUGUCCUGUUACCGUCAAAUCAAACUUCUGAAGUGGUCUUUCCACGUGCUCGGGCGGAUGAUGCAGUUCGGCUUGAUCAUCUCGCGAUGGAUCAAAAUGAUCCCCGGAUGAAUUCCAUCCAGGCUUGGGUUCGAGACGGGGGCCACCGGACAGUGUGCAUCUUCGGCAUCAAUGAUCUAACGAUCACAAUGGCUCAGAGGCAGGUGUUGGAGCUUACGGCAGAAAUCUUGGGAAAUAUGCAGGUCUGGGGCGUAUCUCAAUACUUCAGAAAAAUCAUCCUGGACUUGAGUAGAAAAACUCCGUGGGACGGCGUGAGACCGGCGUUCUUAAGAGUGGAAAAGGCUUGA